AUGGAGCAUUUGUCAUUAUAUGAUACAGCAGUUCGCUUACGUCGUUCUUGUGAUCGCAACUUUAAUAUUGCGGUAGUGCGUGUGCUCCACGUGGUUGUUCCAGCUCCGGUUCGUAGUAGCUCAGCUCGGCAGAUCAGUCUUCGUUCAGAAUCCAGCUCCGGGUUGUCUGGUGAAUCCGAUCUGAGCGCCCGACAAAGGUUUUUAAUUUCGAUAAAUGAUCUGUCAGAUCUAUGGGGAAAGUUCGUGGUUGAGAAUGAUGCAGUUUUGGAUGCACUGGUUGAUUUAGGUGAAGAGGCGGAAUUCUUAACUUCGGUCGAGAUAGAGGCAAACGAAAUGGUGGUUUCUGCCAGAGCUUUGGCUAUUAAUUUUUCGUCCUCAUUGAAUAUACCCUCCGAAAGACCUUCGCACUCGGUGUGGUUACCAGAAAUUCCUCUUCCCCAGUUCUCGGGUGACCUGGUGGAUUGGCCAAACUUUCGCGAUAGGUUUGUCGCUCUAGUGGGCAGUCGCUCCAAUAUUUCUAACAUUGAGAAAUUCUACUACGUCCUGAGUUGUCUUGAGCUUGAGGCAUCUGAGGUCAUAAAGGGUAUAACGGUUUCAAAUGAAACCUAUCCACUUGCCUGGAAGGUGUUAGUGGAACGGUUCGAUAAACCGCGCAAGUUGGCGUCGUUUAUCUUGGAUACGAUUUCAUCAGCUCCGAUGAUUCAACAAGAGUCGGCUUCCUCGUUAAAUAAAUUUUUGAAUAUUUUUGAUGAAAAUAUAGGUAUUCUCGAAUCUCUCGAAAUUCCAGAUUUUGGCGAUUUUCUGUUGUUCUCGAUCGCCUUUCGAUCCUUGCCUGUGUCGUCACGUCGUCUGUUUGAAAUGACAAAUUCGGAAGAGUACCCGAAGGCGCAGGAACUUUUCAAAUUUGUGAAGAACCGAAUUCAAGUUCUGGAAUUGACAGGAGGAACUCCGGCUUCCUCUGGUACCAAAGAGGGACGUCCGAAACCGUCAGAUUUCAAGAAGGAAUGGAAGAAUGAUCAAAAGACAUCUACAUCGCUAGUGACAACGCAGUCAUCCAGUACUCCGUCUGCAAAGUCUGUUAAUUGCCCAAAUUGUGAUGGUCCACAUCAGCUAAGCAAUUGUUCCGGGUUCAAGGGACUAUCAGUAGAUGACCGAUAUGGGGUAGUAUCGAAACACAGACUUUGUAUGUCGUGUUUCAGCAAUCAACACUGGUCGAGCAAAUGCAAGAGAAGCUGUUCCAAAUGCAAUCGUCAUCACUACGUGCUCCUUCAUAAGGAUUUUGCAACAGGUCAGGGCCCUGCAGCCCAGCAGCCACCCGCCGUAAUGCUUGGUUCUCAACCUUCUUUAUCCGUGUUACUCGUUACUGCAAUAGUGAUGGUUCGGGACGUUAGCGGGGAUCUCCAACCGGUCAGAGCUCUUCUUGAUUCCGGGUCACAAACCAGCAUCAUCAAGAAAAGUUGUUUAAAUCGUCUAGGUCUCAGGCGGUCAAGAUGGACGGCCUCACUGACAGGGCUCUCUGGUCAGUCUGUUCCUAAGGUUUUAGGAAAGGUUAAAUUGGAUGUGUGGUCUUGUUAUGAGCCAGUUCCGGUCAUAACAGUCACGGCGUAG